UUUCCGCCAUAUCAAAAACCGGUAAUACUUAACCGGUAAUUUGACUCGUGUCAGUAACAGCGUCUGUUGAUAGAUGGCGCUAUUAUCAAUUUGGUUCGAAGAGAGAGCGACCGCUUUGAAGGCGAAGUAGGCGCCCGCAGUGAAGACUCCUGGCCGAACUCCCGUUAUAAUGAACACCACACUUGUUGUCUUGUGCGGGCAGUGCGCCGACCGCACGCCCUUCCAUACACGCGAAUGUGACAUUACCACAUUCAAACAAUUUCGAAUAUAAAAAGUGUGCCACUCGAUUUAAUUAUCAUUAUUACCGGUGCAAUUGUUUUAAUUAAUAUUUAAAAUGUGCUCAAAGAAUUUAUUAGUAUGUUUGCAACUGGCUCUGUUAGCCGGGUUCGUGUCCGCUGAUUGCGGUCCAAGAUUAAAAUAUGCCUGGGGCGAUGCUCUACAAGGCACAGAAUGUCCGGGUCCGGACGGCUCUCCUUAUCCACGGCAUUUGGUAAACCGAGCGUUAAAAUCCGGAGCAUGGGGGCAGUCUUCACGUCAAGCACGAAACGUGCGGACAGUAGACCCGUCCAUCAUGCGACGAGCACUGCUGGAAGCACACGAGGGAUACUCCGAGGGAUUGAGGCCGCAGAAUGGCAGUAGAACUGGUCGCGCCAGCAACCUCCCCGGCCUAUCCCCGACUACGACGAACUCCUGCGGCGGCGGCCGCCUCUGCCGGACGCGGUACAAUACUACAGCGCCAAUGUACGGUGUGUCACUGACAUCCGGACAGCCGGUCACUAUUGUGCAGAAGUUCCCGGAUUUACUUCAGCAAGUUGUGUUUGAAGUUUGCGAAUCAAGCGAAUGCUCAGUCAUCCGCGGUUCGUGUACACAAACGUACGUCCCGUACUUGUUCCUAGUGCUGCCGCUCGGGCCCGUCACCCUGACAGGACAGGACUACGUACUGGUGGAGUCCGGGUGCGUCUGUCGGCCGGAUCCUUAAAACAAACUUUAUUGGUAGGUAGUAAAAUGAGGUUAAAAAUCCACAGACUAUAAAUGCUUCCUGUCAGAAAAACAAAAAGUCUGUGGUUUAUGUUUCAGUGGGUUUGACAUCUAAUGGCAUGUAUUUUUCUUGACCGAUUGCAGCGCCAUCUGCGUUAAGCUUUAAAAUUUAGAAUCCGUGGCUCAAGUUCAAACUAUGACAGCUUAUUUAAUAGACAAAGUUGCGUCCGAAUAAUGAAUUUGUUUGUGACACGAUUCGCUGUGGCCAAGCUUUUAAGGCCUCCACUCAUGUCACCGAUAAUUACAUGAAAUUCGCGUUUUAUCUACAUAGAGCCCUCCACACUCGUGCGCGAAUCACGGCGCUAAGCCGUGAACGCGAGUGUGGCGUCGAUUUCGCAGAUUGUUCACGCCUUCGCGCCUUGUUCCCCGUUUUUUUGUCGGUACUUCGGCCCGCGUCAAAGGAGACGAGAAUACACACUAUUUUGACUCCUCUGUGGCAAGAUAAAUAUUAAUUUUAUUAUAUUAUGAUAAUAUUAUAUUAAGCAGCUAUAUUGUACGGUUUUACAACAAAACAAAAUGGAAAAACAGCUAAAUCACAUAUGAUGCCAUAGAUAAUUAACAGUUAAACUCUCUUGCCGCAGUUGCCGCGAACCAAACUGCGAAAUCGCCGUGUGAAGUUGUGCGAAUGUAGUCGGCGAUAUGUUCGCUCCGCGAAGUCGCGCCGCGGUUCAUGCACAUUGGAGGGGGCUUAAGAUCGAUCGAUUGAUCAUUUGUGGUACCUACUUAAUCAUAUGCAAUUGCAACGUGAGUAGAGCCCUUUAGAGUUGAGCGCUAAACGCGAAAGAAAUAUUGACUAAUUAACACUUAGUUUAUAUAUUCUUAAAACUUUCGGCUUUGCCUAUGUAUAUUCACCUAAAUAAAUUUUCGAGUUAUUUGACAAUUUCUUUAAUGGCAUAUAUACCUAUAUGCCAUUUGUUAUACGUCUACUCAAACCUUGUCCCAAAUGAAGCGACGACGUGAAGGACACAAGGUAUGUGGAAAGUACUAAAUCCUUUGUAGGUGUGGACAAUGUCAGUAGCACAAACGUGUGUCAUACGCACUGAAAUCAUUAAGAAUUAUAAUAUAAUUCUACUACGUAAAAAAAAUAUUUUUACAAGAUUUUAAGUGGCAUGCUAGAAUAUUCUUUUAAUAAUAUAUUCUUUUAAUAAUUUCCAUUGCGUUACUUUUUGACGUACGUUCCCUGGUAACGGAAUGGAAAGUGGCAAAAUAAAGUGACAUAUUACUUGUAUUCUAUCGGAUCAUUGAAGUGGGUAAUACUAAGUAAUUUUUAUGCUUAAUAAAAUAGGUACAAGCGUUUAAAAAAUUAUUGAAAAUGUGCAUUGCUACUAAAUUUAUGUAGGUACCAGUAGAUUUUGAAUUUCUAAUACAAUUUGAUAUUUUCUGAAUAUGACUUCGAAAUUAUAGUAUCGCGAUUAAUUAUACGUUGAUGGAAUGGACACAAAGAUUUCUUUUGGUAUUUACGUAUUUAACGUAUGUAUGUUUGUUUGUGUAUUAAAUCAAAAUAGCUUGUUAGAUAUGAUAAUAAAGUUUAACUGUAUUAUCACAUACCUAACGAAUUUGUUGAAAUGACGAAACUGUUUCGUCGUUUUAUAUUGCAUUUAUUAAGAAUUUGCAUUUAUAUAGAAAUGACUGGAAUAUUGUUCUAAAAUACUGUAAAAUUGCCGACGAAUUUAUUUCAUUCAUUUGAUUUUUUAUUCUUCGGCCAUUUUGCGGUUGGAUGGUUGGAUUUUAUAUUUAAUUGACUUUUUUAUGUUUAAUAGACUGAAUUUAUUAAUGUUAAUUUAUAAAAACUGUAUUUAUUAUUUUUAUCCUCUGUUGUGAUGCAAAUGUGUUUGAAAUUUAAUGUAGUUUAUGAGAAGUAUGUUUAGGAUUUUAAAUUAUUUUUGGUUUGUUACAAUCUGUCAGAAAUUUUCUGUAAUAUACUAAACUUACGAAUGAUAAAUGUAUCAAAGAUGAAUAAAUUGUAGAAAUAA